AUGCACUUCUCUACUCACGUUGUGACCGCCUUGGCCAUCGCGGCUGGCACUGCUAGCGCCACUGAUCUUCAGCGGAGGGGAGACUCUAUCACGACGACCAUCUGUCAAACCAGUGUGAUCCCCAUCCCUCAUGCUACCUCCCCUAGUGGUGGUCACCCCGAGGCCCCUGUUGUUCAGCCUGCCCCGACUGGCCACCCUGAGGCGCCUGCCGGCAAGCCGGAAACUCCUCACCAAGGCAAGCCAGAGGCUCCUGUCGGUCAACCUGAGGCUCCCGCUGGACACCCCAGUGCACCUGCUGGACAGCCCGAGACCCCUGCUGGUCAACCUGAGGCACCUGCUGGACAGCCCGAAGCCCCCGCUGGACAUCCUAGUGCACCUGCUGGACAGCCCGAAACUCCUUCCGGUCAACCCGAGGCUCCUGCCGGACAGCCUGAGGCCCCCGCUGGACAACCUGAAUCCCCUGCCGGUCACCCUGAGGCCCCCGCUGGAAAGCCCGAGGCCCCUGCGGGCCAGCCUUCGAUCCACCCUAUUGCACCCGUGAACCCGCCCAGCAGCAAGCCCGAGGGAAACCCCGGCUCCCCGGCCAACUCGAGCGCCCCUGGCUCCAAGCCCAGCGCCCCCCUCAUCCACCCCAGCCCUCAGCCCAGCCCCGCUAUCUCUCAGGCGCCGCAUGCCACUCCCAGCAUCUCCGUGCCGAAGUACCACAACUCCACCACCCCCAAGCACCACAACUCGACGACUCCCAAGUCCACCUCGACCGGCGGCCAUGGCGGCAACGGCGGUAGCAACGGCGGUAACGAAGGCGAGGUGCCCAAGCCCACCUCGACCGGCUUCACUCCUGCCAACCCCGGCUCUAAGAUCAUCGUUCCCGGCCUUGCGGUUGCGGGCUGCGUCGCUCUGGGUCUGCUUCUCGUGGCUUAA